AUCAGCCAACUUAUCAGUUGAUUACAGCCUCUAUACCUCCACCUACAAACAUCAGUCUGCACUGUGUAAGUACUUGACUGGUCAGUUUUCCAAAACCUAAGCGGCUAAACCCACAUCGUCACUGUCUGCCUUGUUUAUCAACUUCAACUAUCAUGGACAUCAACAACUGGCUUGCCAUAAUCCUGCUGCUGACUUUACAAACUCACUUCGUAUUUACAGCAGUUUUACACGGAAAAAACUCACUUAAAACAGUGGAUGGAGUCAACAGCUCGGCUGAAGCUCUCGCUCGCCGUCAAGUCAUUAUGAAAGAUAAUUUUCAAACAUAUCAGAAAACUUGUGACAGGAGAUCGAUGUCUAAUGAUUUACCAGAAAGGGCGAUCAUGAAAUCCGAAAUUGGUGUAGAUGUGAUAUGUGAUACCAAAACUGAUGGCGGAGGGUGGAUUAUGAUACAACGACGUAUCAGCUUCGACGUGGAUUUUAAUAAACGUUGGCUCCACUACAGAAAUGGUUUUGGCUCAUCUGCUGGGGACUUUUGGCUUGGACUCAAACAUAUGCAUAACUUAACCAAAAAUGGUACGUGGGAACUAAGAAUCGAUAUGAGAUACAAGAACGUCAACUACUACGCUCAAUACAGAUCUUUCAAAAUAGGAAGCGAAUCAGAGUACUUUCCCCUUCGAGUUUCUGGCUUCUCGGGCAACGUGAAAGACGAGUUGAAGAGACACAAUGGAUAUCGGUUUUACACGAUAGAUUACCCUGGGACAACCCAAUGCGCUGCUAAGUAUUUAGCAGGAUGGUGGUUCCACAAUUGUCAUGACGUAUUUCUGAAUGGAGAGCAGCCAAGAAGGAAAUGGGCUCGCGGCAUACACUGGUACUCAUUGACUGACGACAACAGCAAUCUUCAGUCAGUGGAGAUGAAAAUAAGAAAACAGUAAUGAGAAAAUAAAAUAUACAUCAUUGAGAUAGUUCAAACACUAGUGCAUAAAGUUUAAUUGAACCUCUUUUUAAAACAAUGUAUUUUUUUUAUAAUGGGGUGAUUUAAUAUAUUUUAUUAUACUGGUUAAAUGUAUAGCUUACUUCAGCUUCAAACAAAUGUAUUAAGAUUAUGAGAUUUAAUAUGAAUAUCAUCAGUAAACUUUAAUGCUCUAAACAUAUAUUGAAACAUAAAAAUAAAAUGCUCUAACCGUAAUCAAAUAAAUUAAAUCUCCAACUAAUAGCAACAUCCCGAUAUUAUUUUUAGCUCCUUAUACAUUAGAAGAUAAAUGUUUUCUGAACAUUUUCAAUUUAGGUCUAGACAUUUUCAAAAUAUUUUAUAUAUAAGGUAGUAAUUGUAAAUGAUAUUACUUACACAACCACUUAAAUACUUUUUAGUCAAAAGUAGGAUAAUCGUUUUCCUUGGAUAACUGUGGGUUUCGUGGGUCAUACAUAAAGAACUUCACAUACAUUUGACGAUUUUUAUCUUUCCCUUUGCCUCCCUACUGUCACAUCUCGUCAGAAAAAGCCAGACCAUACAUUAAAAAGACGUCACACCUCAGACAACAUGUUUUUGUAAUUUAAAACAGCGAUUUUGGUUGAGCAUAGAAUCUCUAGUUCUAGGCUAGAUAAAUUUAUUGUAUAGUUAAAUUAGAAGAACUGCCCAGCGUAUCAUAUUGGCACCUGGUUUGUUGUGGAAAAAAUUAAAAUAAUUGUUCUGAACUUUUAUAAUUAAUGUGGUGUUUCUACCAAUAAAUUUAUCAAUAAAUUAAU